AUGAAUGAGGUGGAUGCGUUGGCUGUGGAGUCGCGGAAGGCGCUGGAGUGCUGCACCAAUGCGACCCAGCGGGUGGGGAUCAACAACGUGUGCGUGGCACUGCAACAAUUAGAGCAGAAGAUUCGCUCCGAGACAAAACAUGGUCUCGCGGCGGCAAUCGCGUCACGUGUUUCGGCCGCCGGUGACAGUAGUCAUGUCACUACUAAUAAUAAUAACAAUAGCAGCAACAGCAGCAGCAACGGUCUUGGUAGUAAUGGUAGGGACACGCACAGUAACAGCAUCGAUCGCACCGCGGUGGUUGCACCCGCCGUGGCCUCGUCCACAUUGGAGGCGGCGCCUCCGGCAGUCGUAACGCUCACUUCUGAGCUAGAGGGCCAACUGAAGGCGUUGCAGAGCAGCCACGCCCAAAAGGAGGAGGAAUGGCGGCGUGUGGUGCAAGAAAAAGAUGACACCUUACGUCAGUUGGAGGAGCGGCUCCGUUACGCCCACGUCGGUGUUGGUGAGGAGAUUGCCACCCUCACCAAGUCGCUCAAUAUGCACAAAAAGGAUCGUCGUGCGCUGCAGACUAUCAUGGAGCAACGUGUGAAGGUGAAGGUUGACGCCAUAUGCGAGUUGGUCGCCGCGGGGUCGCAGCUGCCGCCGCAGGAGCUGAGUCGCCUCAGCAGCGAGGCGCGGACACUGCAAAAUUUGGUGAAUGCUUCCAUCAAGGCGAUGGAGUCGUGA